GCGGGAUCAAAGAGGGACUAACUGGACUGCCGGGCCAAAACCGGUAGAGGCAGCUGCAACCGGAGGAACGCCACCCGGAGUGUCGGGAACCCCAGAUGCUGAACAACCCCGCCAGUGGUGGCUAUGCUCACAGAGUGCUCUCCUGAGACCAGAUGACCUUCAUGUCGAUGGCCACGGUGGUGGCGGUGGCAGAGCCGAAAUGGGUCUCCUUUGUGUGGGGCCGCUCGCUGUGGGUGGUGGCCCUGCUGGGGGUGCUGCUGGGGUCCCUGCUGGUGCUCUUGCUCCCCCUGGGGGCCGUGGAGGAGCAAUGUUCCCUGCUACGGAACGGCCUCUCCUUGCUGAGGAGCAAGCUCGAAGGAGGACAGAGGAGCAGUCACAGGCACCGCACUCCGAGCACAGGGCUCAGUGUCACCACAGGGGGGAUCAAUCUGAUGGCAGUCAAGCCCAAAGCAUCUGCAGAUGUUAGGCUUGAAGCCCGAGCAGCCUUGAAGCAGGCACUGGAAAUGAAGCGGCAGGGCAAGCGAGAGAAGGCCCACAAACUCUUCAUGCACGCCCUCAAAAUGGACCCUGACUAUGUGGAUGCACUCAAUGAGCUGGGCAUCUUCUCUGAGGAGGAGAAGGACAUUCUGCAGGCCGACUACUUGUACACCAAAGCACUGACCAUCUCCCCCUACAACGAAAAAGCACUUAUCAACAGGCACCGGACGCUGCCCCUGGUGGAGGAGAUCGACCAGCGCUACUUCAGCGUCAUCGACAGCAAAGUCAAAAAGGUGAUGUCCAUCCCCAAGGGCAGCUCGGCGCUGCGCCGGGUCAUGGAGGAGUCUUACUACCAUCACAUUUACCACACCGUCGCCAUCGAAGGCAACACCCUCACCCUCUCUGAGAUCAGGCACAUCCUCGAGACCCGCUACGCCGUGCCGGGGAAGAGCCUGGAGGAGCAGAACGAGGUCAUCGGCAUGCACGCGGCCAUGAAAUAUGUCAACACCACGCUCGUCUCCAGGAUCGGCUCUGUCACUAUCAGUGACAUGCUGGAGAUUCACAGGCGGGUCCUGGGCUACGUGGAUCCCGUGGAAGCCGGGAGGUUUAGGACUACGCAGGUGUUUGUGGGUCAUCACAUCCCUCCCCAUCCUCAGGAUGUGGAAAAACAGAUGGAAGAGUUCAUACAGUGGCUGAACUCAGAGGAUGCCAUGAAUCUACACCCAGUGGAAUUUGCUGCACUGGCCCAUUACAAACUGGUCUACAUUCACCCCUUUGUUGAUGGGAAUGGCCGGACCUCCCGCCUGCUGAUGAACCUCAUUUUGAUGCAGGCAGGCUACCCUCCCAUCACCAUCCGCAAGGAGCAGAGGUCCGAGUAUUACCACGUGUUGGAAGUUGCCAAUGAAGGGGACGUGAGACCCUUCAUCCGUUUCAUUGCCAAGUGUACCGAGACCACCUUAGACAUGCUGCUGAUCGCAACCACUGAACAUGCUGUGGGUUUGCCAGAAGCAAAUCCCAACCAUUCUGGAUGCAAACAGACUAUUCCUGUGAAAACCUAAAUCUGUCCAGCUUGUAAAGGGCAGCAGGGACUCUUGGAGGAAUCGCACAGAAACCUGAGCCUAGAGAGCUAAGCGUUCUGGACCUCAGAAUGUGUCUGGGUUUAGUUUGGGGUGGUUUUUUUUCCUUGAAGAAAAUAAGUUAAAUUAAGUCUUGUCUCUAUAAUAAUUUAUAAGCUAACUAAGCCAAAUUAUUUAUUUUGGGUUUUAAAAGCAGGCUAAAAACAUGAGGCGGUGUAGCCAAACUCUGAGCUGGGCAUUAAGAGCCUUGAGGCUUUUUCCAGGGGUGUCCCCAUACGGGUCCCUGCACAUUCUCUCUGCGUGAAGCCGCCUAGUCUCUGAGACACAGUGUGGACCAGUGUAGAAAGGGGACCGUACUGCCAAGCCAGAGAGUAGGCUACAGGUCAGAACGCAGGGAAGCUAUCCAAGCAUUUGGUGACUACUUCUGAGGGUGUGGCUCUGGUUUUUGCAGAUGCGUGGCAGCUUUCUUGUGGAACGCACAGGUCUGUCUGCCCAGACUGACUUGGUAACCAACUUCUGUCUAAAAAGCAAACUACUGAGAUCUUAAACUGGGGUCCGUUGUAACAGCAGGACCUCAUAUGCCUCAACUGGCUUUUUUUCAAGAAGCCUCUCUGAGCUGCACUUCCCUUCUCAGUUUUGGUGCCAGACAUCAUGUUUCUCUAAGACUAACAGAACCAUCAGCCUGGGUCCCUCAACAUUCUUCCCAGUCCCUUCUUGAAAAGAGGAAUGUGUUAGGGCAGAAGUUGUUUGGAGACCAGACCACUCCAUCUCUCCAUCAAGCUGUGAAUCCAGGACCAUCAGUCUUAAUGUCUUCCCUGACAGAUCACUCCUAAACACAUUCUCUGGAAACAUUUUCCAUAGACAUCAUACUGAGAAAGGACACACCUGGGUCUCUGACACAAGAGAUCAGUGGAGUCUAAUCAGCUGGACCACGCCUCUGGGGCAUAUCUGCUUGCAACCUUCCUUGCGUUGGUCAGUAUCUUUGCCUUUUCUGUGCAAUAUCUUCUCCCAAGCCUUGACUCCACACCCCAUCGUUGUCCCAUUAGCCUUUAGAGAUACCUCAUGCUCAGCACUGGAAGACGGCCCUCACAGUUGGGCCAAGCCCUGGUCCCAAGGCCAUGGUUUAAGGGGCUCCUUCAAUGGUAGCAGAGCCUUUGUCGACAGUGGGUGGUACCAGGGUCCUUUCUGCUUGCUGAAAUCCAUCCUUCUACUUUGUCACUGUGACUCCAUCUAUGUGAUGGUGCCCAAGUCAAGCUUCUGCCUUUUGAACCAAGUAAGCAUUGUCACAAAUGGACACAUUGGAAGCCAGCACCACUUAAUGCAUCCCUUCUACCUUUCUGAAAUGCUAGCUUGGCCCCGACUGAUUGGAAAAGCUAAUUCUCACACAAAAUCCAGAGGUUCACAACCCUAGGAAUUGUUAAAGACCACUGCCAUAAAUUGUUGAAUUUAUUAAACCCUAACCAUACAGUGGAUUUGGUUCUUCAGACCCCCAAGGCUAGCUGAACCACUGGACAAAAGCACUCGUUUUUAUACUACAGAAUGAAUUUGCACUUUAGCUCGAUGUGAAGGAUGUUACUAUAACAAACCACUUAUUCUAAUAAAGUAUUUUAUUAAAU